AUGGCUAUUGAUCUUGAUAGACAUCACGUUCGUAAACACGUUUCAAAAACCGCUCGUGGAAAUAAUGCUUAUAUGAAACUUCUUGUAAGAUUAUAUGGAUUCCUUGCUAGAAGAACCCAAUCAAAAUUUGCUAAGACUAUUUUACACAGACUUUGCUUAAGUCGUGUUAACAGACCAAUUGUCUCAACCAGUAAAUUGGCUUGCCUUAUGAAAAAACAUCCAGAAGAAACUGCAGUUUGUGUCAAUACUGUUACUUAUGAUAGUAGAUACCCAGUUCCAAAAAUGAACGUUUGUGCUCUUAAAUUCACUAAAACUGCUGAAGCUGCUAUUACUAAAGCUGGUGGAAAAUGUUUAAGAUUUGAUGAACUUGCACUUAAAGCACCAACUGGAAGAAAGACUGUCCUCAUUAGAGGAAAGAGAAAUGUCAGAGAAGCACUCAAACAUUUCGGUAAAGUUUGUGCUAAGAAGAACCCAGCAAAACAAUAUAAGGGAAAACAAACUAAAUGA